AGUCCUUACUUUUUAUUGGCUGAAAGUUCCCCGCGAAAUCUACGUCAGCAGCAGAUUCGCGCCACAACUGCGGCACUCGGACAUACACAAAAGUGAUAUCCCAUCAGCCAUGUCUUCCCCUGCAUCGACUCCUGGUGGCCGCAAACGUGGAAGGAACACCAACCCUUCCACUCCGCUUAGGGAGGACCCAACCUCGCCUCCCUCUCAGCGACGCAGAGGUCAGGACUCCUCCACUGGUGACCUGAUGCCUAUGCCCACCUCUCCAGCCACAGACAUGGCCAGUCCUGCAGCUCAGCAAGACACCUCCCUGUUCUCGAGCCCGCGGCCUUCAGUUCUGCCUAAUGAAGUGGACAUGAGCUCCCCUCUGAUGUAUGGGACCCCGAGCUCCAGGGUCGAAGGGACCCCGCGCAGUGGAGUGCGUGGAACACCGGCCAGACAACGACCUGAUCUGGGAUCAGUCAGGAAGGCUCCUCAAGUUGAUCUUCAUUCUGAUGCACCAAGUGCAGAUGGUGUUGCAGCAAAUGAACCAAAUGCAGCCCAGAGUCUGGUGAUCUGGGGGACUGAUGUCAACGUGGGAACCUGCAAGGAGAAGUUCCAGAGGUUUCUGCAGCGGUUCAUCGACCCAAAUUCUACUGAGGAUGAGAACGCUGGUCUGGACUUAAAUGAGCCUUUGUACAUGCAGAAGCUGGAAGAGAUCAGCGUUGUGGGUGAUCCCGUGAUAAACGUCAACUGCCAACAUGUGCAGUCCUUUGACGCAGACCUGUACAGGCAGCUCAUCUGCUACCCACAAGAAGUUAUCCCGACCUUUGACAUGGCCGUCAAUGAGCUUUUCUUUGAGCGUUUCCCAGAUUCCAUUCUGGAGUACCAGAUCCAAGUUCGCCCCUACAACGCCCUGAAAACCAGAAACAUGAGGAGUCUGAACCCAGAAGACAUCGAUCAGCUAAUCACCAUCAGCGGCAUGGUGAUCCGCACCUCGCAGCUCAUCCCAGAGAUGCAGGAGGCCUUCUUCCAGUGCCAGGUGUGCGCCUUCACCGUCCGCAUGGAGGUGGAUCGCGGCCGCAUCGCCGAGCCGGGCGUGUGUCGCCACUGCAACAACACCCACAGUCUGGCGCUGAUUCACAACCGCUCGGUCUUCUCUGACAAACAGAUGAUCAAAAUUCAGGAGUCUCCCGAAGACAUGCCGGCCGGGCAGACGCCUCACACCACGGUUGUGUACGCUCACAAUGACCUGGUUGAUAAAGUUCAGCCUGGAGACAGAGUAAACAUCACCGGUAUCUACAGAGCGGUCCCGAUGCGCGUGAACCCACGUCAGAGCAACGUAAAGUCGGUCUACAAGACCCACAUAGAUGCCAUCCACUUCCGCAAGACAGACGAAAAGCGUCUGCACGGUCUGGACGAAGAAGCCGAGCAAAAACUCUUCACGGAGAAUCGUGUGCAGACCUUAAAGGAGCUGGCGGCCAAGCCGGACGUCUACGAACGUCUGUCCUCUGCCCUCGCACCGAGCAUCUAUGAACAUGAGGACAUCAAAAAGGGCAUCCUGUUGCAGCUGUUUGGCGGCAGCCGUAAAGACUUCAGCCAGACGGGCCGGGGACACUUCCGUGCCGAGGUAAACAUCCUCCUCUGCGGAGACCCCGGCACCAGCAAGUCUCAGCUGCUCCAGUACGUCUACAACCUGGUGCCCCGUGGCCAGUACACGUCGGGGAAGGGCUCCAGCGCUGUGGGUCUCACCGCCUACGUUAUGAAGGAUCCGGAGACCAGGCAGCUGGUCCUGCAGACCGGAGCCCUGGUGCUGAGCGACAACGGCAUCUGCUGCAUUGACGAAUUUGACAAGAUGAGCGACAGCACGCGCUCCGUGUUGCACGAGGUCAUGGAGCAGCAGACCCUCUCUAUUGCCAAGGCUGGAAUCAUCUGCCAGCUGAACGCCCGUACGGCGGUGCUGGCAGCUGCAAACCCGGUCGAAUCCCAGUGGAACCCCAAAAAGACCACAAUCGAGAACAUCCAGCUGCCUCACACCCUGCUGUCAAGAUUUGACCUGAUCUUCCUGAUGCUGGACCCCCAGGACGAGGCCUACGACCGCAGGCUGGCGCACCACCUGGUGUCUCUGUACUACCAGAGCGAGGAGCAGAUGGAGGAGGAGUUCCUCGACAUGGCCGUCCUGAGGGACUACAUCGCGUACGCACGGACCUACAUCAACCCGAGACUGAGCGAGGAAGCCAGCCAGGCCCUAAUCGAGGCUUACGUUGAUAUGAGGAAGAUCGGAAGCGGUCAUGGGAUGGUGUCCGCCUACCCCAGACAGCUGGAGUCGCUGAUUCGUUUGGCCGAGGCACACGCUAAAGUUCGCUUCUCAGAAAAGGUGGAGACCAUCGACGUGGAGGAGGCCAAGCGGCUGCACAGAGAGGCCCUGAAACAGUCGGCCACCGACCCAAGAACAGGCUUUGUGGACAUCUCAAUCCUCACCACAGGGAUGAGCGCCACUGCCCGCAAACGUAAGGAGGAGGUGGCUCAAGCCCUGAAGAAGCUGAUCCAGGCCAAAGGAAAGACGCCGGCCCUGAAAUACCAGCAGCUGCUCGAUGAUCUCAGAGGACAGUCUGAAACGGCAAUCACUAAAGAGCUGUUCGACGAGGCGCUCCGAGCCCUGGCAGACGACGACUAUUUGACGGUCACUGGAAAAACCGUCCGUCUUCUUGCUUGAGUCACAUCCUGUCUUUUGUCCAUGUCCUUUUUGGACUGUAAAACCUUUUGUGUAAUUAAAGAAAUGUUUGUUUUUGGGGACAGUUAACAAGACUUGUGAGUUCUUUGUGAGGAGCUAAUGUCAUUUUGUAAUUUAAAAUGAAGACGUGGGUCAAAAUAUUCACAUAGAUACAGAUAUUUGAAAUAAUGUUGAAGUUUUUUUGUUAACUUUUUUUCUGGACUUAUGCUUGCUCUUUUUGUGCGUCUGUGAUGUUAUAUGGAGUUAAAAUGUAGCUUGCAUUGAUUUCAUGCUGAUGAAUAAAAAUGUUGCUAAGUCAAAA